CGCGGCUUCGCCUCCCGGAAACACAAAAAGUUCAUCAAGCUGGCCAAGGGCUACCGCGGGCGCGCCAACCGGUGCUUUCGCAUCGCCGUGCAGCGCGUCGAGAAGGCGUGGCAGUACGCGUACCGCGACCGCAAGGUGAAGAAGCGAGAGAUGCGCAAGAGCUGGAUCCGCAGCAUCAACGCGAGCUCGCGCGCCUACGGCGUGCCCUACAACCGCUUCAUCGCGGGCAUGCGGUCCGCCGACAUCGACCUGAACCGCAAGGUCCUCGCGGAUCUGGCCGUCAACGAGCCGCUGUCGUUCCUCAGCGUCCUCGAGGUCACGCGCGCCGCG